AUGUCCCUCCAGGAGAUUCUGGCAUCGCGGGCUGCGUUCGGGGGGCCCUCCUGCUCUCACUGCGGAGUCACGGAGUCCCCCCAGUGGCGGCGUGGACCUGCACACAAGCCCCUGCUCUGCAAUGCUUGCGGGACGCGCUACAGGCGGACCAAUCAGUUCCUGCCCCUCCACGCCACGCCGGGGUCACGCAAGCGGGCCACCAGCGCCCCACAGACAUGCGCGCAAGAGAACGCCCUGGAGGACAAGGCGCACACGGGCUUCAAGCAGCCGCGGUUGAUUGCCAGCACGGCCUGA